AUGGAUCCUCUUACUGAGAUUGUUGUUUAUAACGACAUGGAAGAAGUCGGGAUGCAUGAAGAAUCGUCAGAUACUUCCCGACAAAGAGAAGACAUCUGGAGUAAGACUUCAGCCAUCAAUCAUUCAGAAAAAAUGGAGCCCACCUCAUCCUCACCCAAAAGAUCCUCAAAUUCUUCUGUCGGCUUCCUCGACUUAUCACUUGAAAUUCGACGCAUGAUCUAUGAUGAAUACUUUAUCGUCACCGAACCAAUCUCAUUCCAAAUUGGACCGUCCUCAUCGCUGGCCUUACAUCUUGAUAAGAACUAUGGUCUCCACCCCGCACUGCUUCGUGCGAACAAAAAAAUACACAGUGAAGCCGCACCAUAUCUUUACUCCAAUCCGGUGUUCAAUUUGGUUGGCAUCCCCCCUACACUGCUACUACCCACUACCGAUGCAGCUUUUGCUUAUUUCUUGAGACAAAUCGGUGUUCCUAAUACAAAGCUUCUUCGUCACCUCAUUGUCGACUUUCCCGAAUUCAACCCUUGCCCUCGAGAUUGCUUCCGCCCAGGAGAGGUUCCCAUGCCUGUUGAAGGUUCUGUAAGAAUUUUGAAGCAAAUUCACGACCAGUGUACAGAACUUGCAUCACUUAAAAUGGCAUUACAUGGAUUACAUGAUUUUUAUUGGGCAUUCAGCGAUCCCAGUUGCGUUCAAAAUGACUUGAUUGCUACAGACUGGCUACACAAGCAAUUACAGGGCCUGCCAUUCUUGAAAGAUAUCGUCAUUCAUCUUCAAGUCCUUGAACUGAAGCGUAGAGAUUAUCCGGGAUGGAUAGAAAAGUCGCGGGGGUAUGGAUGGAGCUUCAAGGUCACGGAGUAUGAGUAUGACCUUACAGGAAAUAAGGAUGAGGCUCUGAAUCUUAUUACAGAGGCUGUGUCCGAUCAGGCUAAGAUGGAAUAUUCCAGGAACAAAAUUCAGCGAGGAUAUUAUAUUAAAAGACAGACCUCUGAUGGAGGAUCUGAGAUUGACUACGAAUUGUCGUAUUUUGUGGCUUGUUGCAAAAUUGAGGAGGGUCUCCUUCAAUCAGCAUAG